CCAUUUCACGGCACUUCAAUUUCCUUCCAGGCAGCUCCUCCCACCCUCCGUUCCACACUAACUCUGAUUUUCUCAGGAGCCAAACGGCUACCACCAAGCUAAAAGGGGCUCUCUUUCACUCUCUACAGUUGGCGAUUCUACAGAGUGUUUUUUGAUUGGAACCUCUGGAUAGAGAUUGCAGAUGAUGAUGGAUUUCCAAGUGGUGGUCCUAGCUGGCGGGACUUCAAAGAAACUCAUCCCUCUUGUUUCCAAGGAAGUUCCAAAAGCACUGCUUCCGGUAGCAAACCGACCAGUUCUUUCUUAUGUUUUGGAGCUCCUUGAACACAGCAACCUGAAGGAUCUCAUCGUUGUUGUUGAAGGGCAGGAUGCUGCUCUGCGUGUUGGGGGUUGGAUAUCAGGUGCUUAUGUUGAUCGGCUACAUGUUGAGGUUGCUGCAGUCCCUGAGGAUGUUGGAACUGCUGGUGCACUUCGGGCCAUUGCACACCACUUGACCGCUAAUGACAUUUUGGUGGUAAGUGGUGAUCUUGUUUGUGAUGUUUCCCCUGGGGCAGUGGCAGCAGCUCAUAGACGGCAUGGUGCUGCAGUGACUGCUAUGCUUUGCUCUGUUCCUGUCAGUGGACCAUUGGAGUCAGGAUCCUCUAGUGGAAAGGACAAAACCAAGAAACCUGGGUGUUGCAACAUUAUAGGGCUGGAUCCCACUAAACAGUUCCUAUUAUACAUUGCUACAGGACCAGAAAUUGAGAGAGAUAUCCGAGUUCAAAAGAGCAUACUCCGUGCAGUAGGCCAGAUGGAAAUUCGAGCUGAUCUCAUGGAUGCUCAUUUGUAUGCAUUCAAGAGGGCUGUUCUGCAAGAAGUUUUAGAUCAAAAGGAUGCAUUUCAAAGCUUACAGCAAGAUGUUUUACCUUAUCUUGUCCGGAGCCAGCUGAGGUCGGAACUAUCGUUGAAUGGUGCACCACACACAGAAGAAAAUGGUCACGACAAGGUUGUUCCUGGGAUCAACCAAGUAAUGCUUUCUCAACUACUUGCUAAGACAUCUACACCAAGUUUUCAUGAACUUUAUGCUAUGGGCCCUAAUGGAUCUGCACCUGUUCGAAGAACCCACAAAUGCUGUGUUUAUAUUGCCAGCCAGGACAAGUACUGUGCCCGUUUAAAUUCUAUUCAAGCUUUCAGUGACAUAAAUCGAGAUGUCAUAGGCGAGGCAAGUCACCUGUCAGGGUAUUCCUUCUCUGCCCAAAACAACAUCAUCCACCCCUCAGCAGAGCUCGGAUCAAAAACAACCGUUGGACAAAAUUGUAUGCUAGGGGAAGGUUCACAACUGGGCGACAAAUGUAGUGUGAAGCGAUCAGUUAUUGGCCGCCACUGUCGGAUAGGUUCCAAUGUAAAGGUCGUUAAUUCGGUAGUUAUGAACCAUGUUACAAUCAGUGAUGGUUGUUCAAUCCAAGGUUCUGUAAUUUGCAGCAAUGCUCAGCUCCAGGAGCGAGUUGUACUUAAAGAUUGUCAGGUUGGAGCAGGGUUCGUUGUCACUUCUGGCAGCGAAUACAAGGGCGAGUUCCUGGCAAAAAAAGAGAGAUAACAAUCUCAACUACGUACUGACUACCUGGUCAUCACAUUGUGCUUCAUUCCAGAUUUUGGAUCGGGUUUUGAUGGUUGGUUUCGACGAAGGAUCGCUCAUGAUGACCCUGUAUGAACAGGAUUAUGAGAAGGAAGACAUAUGGAGGAUUGAGAAAUUUUGGACACCAUGUUAUCUUCCUCAAGGCAUAAGUGAAUAGAAGGGUGUGAUUUUCAUUGGUUAAGUGAGUGAGAUGAUUAGAACAUUCCCAGUUUUGUUUUAAGAUCUUGUUACUGUGGAGCAGUGUCUUAGGUUUGAUUGAUUCAAUGGAAAUUGCUCUCUCCAAGUUGAAAUGUUGAAAAGUAAAGUAGAUGUUCAUAAAUUUACAUAUAGUUUUUGGGUAACAGAAUGUGACUCCUGAACCUAUUUUUUUUGGUAUAAGAAGACUGAUUUUUCUGGGCUUUUUGUCA